CACACGGCUAGCGGGACUUGUUUUGGUGGCCGCCCAUUUGCGCCGUCUGCUGUGGUGGUGUUGGGUGCGCGGUGUUGUGCUCUCCGAUUGUGUGCGGAAGGGCUGUGACCGUGUGUAAUAACCAAAAAUAAAUCGCGUAGGGAGUGAGGUGUCCAUCCGUGGCUACCAAACUUGUCCGCAAGGUUCAGCAUUUGUAAGCAAGGAGAGUCACAAAUAUGAGAACUAAAUACGACUUGGAUGCAUCCAGAGAGGGUGACCGGAGUCAACUAUCGUCCGAGAGUCACCCGUUCGUUGACCCGGCAUCCGCGCCGCGUCCUCUGGUGUACACGCCUCGUGACGAGCCGGUCAAGCUGAGCCCCGCGUGGGAGGCUAGCAACGUUCCGCCCGAGCAGCUCAACUUUCUGGACGUGACGGCGGAGAAACUGCCGGACGACGAGCCGCCCCACGACAGCGCCAUGGUCUCCGGCGUCAGCUGCGCCGGCGGCGGCGGUGCCGAUGGCGAGGCGGCGCCGCUGGCCAGCACGGAGGACCUGAGCGGCUCGGCGCUGGGCACCCCGCGCACCCUGGUGCGUCAGCAGCCGCCCAGCCGGCCGCCGGGGCCGGCUGCGCGCGGCAGGGACGUCUCCAAGCGCAUCUACGAUCAGAUGCGUCUCGGAGAGGUGGAGCAGCUGGAGCUACAGGAGGAGCCGACCGACUCAUGUUCGCUGAUCUACCUGGUGUUCGUUCUUCACGGUAUCGGCACGCUGAUGCCAUGGAACAUGUUCAUCACGGCCAAAGACUACUUCGUCAACUACAAGCUGUCGGAGGCUCACACGGGCGUCGUCUCCGAGUACGCCACCAACUUCCUGCCGUAUGUCGGCUUCGCUUCUCACAUCCCCAGUGUGCUGAUCAACUGGAUCAACGUCUUCGCCAGGAUGGGAGGCUCGCUGGCCCGGCGGAUCAUCUGGAGUCUGUGCGUCAUCACCAUGGUGUUCAUCUUCACCGUGAUACUGGCCAUGGUGGACUCGAGUCGGUGGCCGGGACCCUUCUUCUUCACCACAAUUACAUCCGUGGUCAUACUCAACGUGGCGAACGGCAUCUACCAGAACUCCGUGUACGGCCUGGCGGCGCGACUCCCCUUCCGCUACACCGGAGCCGUGGUGCUCGGAUCGAACAUUAGCGGCACGGUGACGGCGCUGAUCAAGAUUCUGUCGAUCGCGAUGGCACCGAACCCGCGGACUGCUGCGAUUUACUACUUUAUAACGGCGCUGUUCAUUCUGCUCGCCUGUUUCGACACCUACUUCGCCCUGCCGCUCAGCAGGUUCUACCGGUACCACAAGCUGAAGUCGCUGCGGGCGGGCAGUGAGGCUCACGGUCCCUCCACCGCCGUGCCCUACUGGCACAUCUUCAAGAAGGCGUUCCCGCAGCUAUUGAACGUGUUCCUCGUCUUCUUCGUCACACUGUCCGUGUUCCCGACGGUGCUGGCAGAUAUCAACAUGGUGGACGAGGACUUCUUCGUCCCGAAGCAGUACUUUGCCGCCGUGUUGUGUUUCUUCACCUUCAACUUCACGGCUAUGCUAGGCAAUCUGAUGCCCAAUCUGUUUGUGAUGCCGACGCCGCGCUGGCUGUGGCUGCCGGUGGUGCUGCGGUUCGCCUUCAUCCCCUACUUCGUGCUCUGCAACUACCUACCGGUGCACGUGGAGCGUGUGACGCCCGUCUACAUCAACAACGACUGGGCCUACUGGGGCAUGGUGGUGCUGCUCGGCCUCAGCUCGGGAUACUUCUCGUCACUGGGCAUGAUGUACUGUCCCAGGACGGUGGAGCCGCAGUUUGCCUCCACGGCCGGUAUGUUCGGCGCCGCCGCGCUCGUCACGGGCGUCUGCUUGGGAGUACAGUUCUCGCUGGUGCUCUCCUGGUUCGUCCAAAACGUCAACUUUGCGUAGUCACGGCCGUGAGUGGCGACAUCUAUCCAAGAUGACGCGCGGUGGCAAAACGCCUUUGCGCUGGCGGUGAUCUUUACACAAGACGCUUCCUGUCGACAGCUGCCAGCAACCAGUCAUAAGCUCCUCGCAGUGGUGUGCUUGCCUUUGAAGAGGACACUCAUGCCCUCGUGGACUCGGCAGCCUUGCAGAAGUGGGCAUACGGCACCUCGCUGGUGUUUUUCAAAGCCACGAAGCUUUGAUGAUGAGUGGCGAAGUGUUUCAUGCAUGGGAGGUGCCGCCAGCGCCCAUUUGAGUCUCCUAUAACAUGGCCCUUGCGGUCUGACUUUUGCGCUCUUCUGACGGGGCAGCGAACUUACGCCACCCAGCGCGGAGUACCGCGUAACCGUAGUGCAAUUACCGAGUGAUUGGCGCCUCGAGACGACGCCGUAUGGCGGAUACAGCCGAGUGAGACUUUUGUUUGACGUUGCGGCGAGGAACGUCUCUGACUCGGGCGGAUCUCGGCCCUCGGGCCUUCCGCCGCAGGGCAGCUACGGCAAGUCAUUGGUGCGUGUGUGACGCGUGUUUACAGACACGUUUGUUGUGCUCGGUGGAGUGUUUCUGUUGUUUUGUGAGGGGCUCUGUUCGUAUGGGCCCGGACGCGCUGCGUGCGUUAUCUUUCUGUUACUCAAUCGGCGCGCGGAGCUGAUGCGACUGCCUGUUUCGCUGUUGUUUUGUUCUAUGUCGGUGGCCGCUGAGUACCGGUGCCUUGUGACGUUUGGUCUCGGGUAUGGAGGCUCGCGACUGGCCGCUUCCACGCGACUCGUGUUGUAUGGAUGUGGCGUUUCUGUACGGAAUAUCAAGACGUUUCUACAAA